GCAGAUAUAAAGACGAUGACUAAGUCCUUUAAUGAUAAAUUAGGCCAAGGGGGCUAUGGUAGUGUCUAUAAAGGGAAGUUACAAGACGGCUGUUUUGUGGCUGUGAAGGUUCUGAAAGAAUCAAAAGGUAAUGGAGAGGAAUUCGUUAAUGAGGUUGCCAGCAUUAGUAAGACCUCUCAUGUCAACAUUGUCACUCUUAAGGGAUUUUGCAUUGAGGGUUCUAAAAGAGCUCUUAUCUAUGAGCUUAUGCCUAAUGGAUCUCUUGAGAAGUUCAUAUAUAAAGGAAAUCCCUCAAAUUCUAGUCAUCAAUUGGGUUGGGAAACAUUAUACAAGAUUUCAAUAGGAAUUGCACGAGGCUUAGAGUACUUGCAUAGAGGUUGCAACACACAAAUCUUGCAUUUUGACAUUAAGCCUCACAACAUUCUUUUGGAUGAGAACUUCUGUCCAAAAAUUUCUGAUUUUGGCCUCGCAAAAAUAUGUCCUAGAGAAAAAAGUUUUAUAUCAAUGGUGAGUGCAAGAGGGACUACAGGAUAUAUAGCUCCCGAAGUAUUUUGUAGGAAUUUUGGAGGGGUCUCUCACAAGGCAGAUGUCUAUAGCUAUGGAAUGAUGGUUUUAGAAAUGGUGGGAGGUCGAAAGAAUUUUGAUGCUAGUGUUGAUUUCACUAGUGAAAUAUAUUUCCCACAUUGGAUUUACAAGCGUCUUGAACUAGGCAAAGAAUUAGGGUUAUUGGGCCUUCUAGAGGAAGUAGAUCAAGAAAGUGCAAGGAAGAUGAUAAUAGUGAGUUUGUGGUGCAUACAAUCUGACCCCUUGAACCGUCCAUCAAUGAGUAGAGUGGUGGAUAUGUUGGAAGGGAGUCUUGAACCCUUGAAAAUCCCCCCUAAACCUUUUUUGUGUUCCCCACCUAGUUCACCUGCAGAUUCCUCAACUAUAAUGGUGUAA